AUGCAAGCACAAUUUCGUGCACCUGAGCAGCCCCGAACGACACCACGGCAACGACCGACGACACCGCUUUGGUUGAGUAGAGGGUUGAAGGGUAUACCAGAAAAGUUAAUACAGAUUGAUAGUGAAGGCCAGGAGCGGUAUGCAGAGAAGGAGCUAGAUAUACAGGCCACCAUAACGGCUUUCACGAAGAUCAACGAGCAGAAAGAAGAACUUGAGGACGGCGAACAGAGAGAGGAUGCAGAGGAUGCAGCAACUAGGAAGACGAACAAGCGGAGACGAGAAUCCUGGGGGGAUGAUGAAGGGAGUAACAUCGGGCGAGGUCCACAAAUUCACCAUUCGAGAAUCACCCCAGGGGGUCAAGGGGAGGGUCAAAGGGGUCAAGGGGAGGGUCAAGGGGAUCUUCGAGACACUCUCAACCCCGCCGAUGGGAUAAGUGCCAGCCGGAAUAGGCGACACGCUUCGUGCUCACUACAGGGUACCAUUUCGAGUUCGCAACGACGCAGCAGUUCCCGGACACGGUCGCGACAAAGCAGCAGGUCAAGGUCGCUGUCACCACACCGUCCGGUAGUGCGACGGUCACCACCUAGGUUUAGGGUAUCGCGCCACGAUAACGAUUGCAGGGACCGAGCACAAUUCAGGAGAAGCGAGCUUGGGAUGAUAUCCUGUGGUAACGAGACGAGUCAUUAUUGCCGGACGGCCCAGCACCCGAUGUAG